ACAUAAAAAUUGAAGCUACAUAUUAAUUGGCACCCUCCAUGGGAGUUGCUCGCAUGCUACACUUCUCUACUGCUCUUAAAAGCUACUUAUCAUUACCUUACUUUUGGUUAGUCGUCCUCUGUUCUUUGUUUCUAACAGAAAAAGAUGCUUUGCAUACUUUUAUUGUUACUCGCUUCAUGUUUUUGCUCUAACAGAAUGCCCAUUUCCUCAUAUUUCUCUUCUGCUUGUCUAAAUGUUAGAGACAAUAAUUUUGUGAUAAAAUUCAUUUCACUAUAUAUAUUCCACAUGAUGCAUAUUGUUCCUUGCUAACCUUGAUAUACAAAAGAAAAGGACUAAUGGCGUUGUUAGCUGUAGAAAUAUUUCGACAUAAAUUCAUCCUUUGCCUAGCUUUUUCUGUUUUUGUUAGUAGCUGCCAACUAGUUAGCGGUGAUGAGUUGGCAUUCUUUGCCAGGCUUAAUCUUCCAACAGGGGCAAGGGGUCCGGACUCUCUUGCUUUCAACGGCAAGGGGGACGAGUUUUAUACCGGUGUAUCUGAUAGUAGAAUCCUCAAGUAUGAAUUGGCGAAUCAUGCUUUCGUCAAUUUUGCAACCACCUCUCCUCUCAGGAACGAAGCAGUUGGUGAUGACAGAAACGAUACAAAAUUGGGACAAGCUCCUUGUAGGCCAUUAGGAGUCGCAAUCAACUACAAUAAUGGUGACCUUUAUAUUGCGGAUGCUGUAUGUGGACUAGCUGUCGUGGGUUCUAAUGGAGGUGUUGCCAAUACAAUUGCCAACAGCGUUAAUGGCAUUCCUCUUCUGUUUCUCGAUGCCAUUGAUAUCGAUCCACAAACAGAAACUGUUUAUUUUACAGAUGCUGGCUCUAUUUUUCAGAAAAGUCUCGACAUUAUAGAAAUACUCUCAAGUGGAGACACGAGUGGAAAAUUGCUCAAAUACGAUCCACAAACCAAACAAAUUUCAGUGUUGCUAACAGAACUUUCUGGUGCAACUGGUGUAGCGGUUAGUGCAGAUGGAGCUUUUGUGCUUGUUUCAGAGUACAUUGCCAAGCAAAUCCGCAGAUACUGGAUUAGAGGACCGCUAGCCGGAACAUCAGACAUAUUUAUUGAACUUGCAGGGAGCCCUGAUAACAUCAAAAGGACUGUGUUGGGAGAUUUCUGGGUUGCAGUGACCAUGGUGGAUUUGCAGCUCGCUGUGCCAACACUGGUGCCUUUCGGACAAAGAAUAAAUCCUAUUGGUGUAAUUCUAGAGAACUUUAGUCUUGAGGUGCAAUACAGAAAUGCAAUUGUUAGUGAGGUUCAAGAAAAUGCAUGGGGAAUAUUUGUUGGAACCCUUUUAGGGGGUUUCGUUGGCAUUUACAGAAGAUAGUAAUAACAAAUUUAUAAAAAUAAAACAUUAGAGAACA